GGAGUACGUUUUGGACGCGACUUUGUUGACCGUGUGUGCGAGUUGACAAUAGGAGAUCGGCGCGACUAUGACCGAGGCAGGAGAUCUGGUAGCGAGGACAGAUUGCAAUGAGAGGGGGCAUUAUGCCAACCAGUGCCCUAGCCGUUGGCGUGCUCCUGAGACGAAGGCCUCCACCUCAUAUGACGUGAACCGGGGUCGAUCGGCGUUCCCGAGGAAAGUUGCGGCGGCUACUGCUACUGUGGCACCGGAAGACUUGCGUCGUCAGAUUGAGGAACUAAACAAGAGUCUGGCGUCGGUGUCCGAGUUCGUUUUGGCAGAAACGACAAAGAAGGCCGAAGACGAACGUUUACGCAUCGAAGCCGAGGAAGAACCCGAGAGACUGAAGGCGGAGCAGAAGGCUCGUGAGAAGAAGGAACAGAAGCGCAUCGAGAAGCAGACGAGGGAAGCGCAACGUGCUGCAGAGAUCGAUAAGAAGGUGGAGCUCCAAUUGGCGAUCAAGACUGGCGACUUUUUGAAUCGUAUGGAGGCUAGUUUGGGCGCAGUGUUAGAAUUCGCUCAGAAAGUCAAACCAGUAAAACAGAAGGUGCAUAUACCAUCCGAUUCCGGUGAUGAGAGUUAUGAAAGCGGCACGGAGGACAUUCGAGCAAAAACCAAGAAGUUGACGAUUCAUGAGAAAAGGAAGAGGGGGCCUGAGGUGGUGUUCGAAGACAGUCCACCGAUGGUCACCUCAGCCAAGCGGACACCGCGACGAUCCGAGCAGAAAAAGAAGGACACCAACACACCUGUUCGAAUUACCCGCUCAAUAGCCAAGCUGAAGACGAAGUUAUCACCGUUGAUUGACAAGUUCAAGAAGAUACCAGGGCAGCCUAGCACCGUUGAGAAGCUACGAUAUCGUAACCAACAAAUGAAAGACUUACGUUCACUGGAUGCGUUGGAGCUGCAGGGAAUCUGCAAGGACGAACGGGUGGCGUAUGUCGGGAAGAUUGAUGCGAUAUUCGAUAUCGCUAGCCAUCGUACUCGAUUGCACUUCGGUGAGAUCGAGGCGAUCGAGCCGGUCCUGAAUUUGGCGGAGUCUCUCAACGCGAAACCGGCGGGUGGUCAACAGCAGUUGACCUGCAAGACGUUAGGUGGUAAUACGUGGGUGGGAGGAUGGAAGAAGCUAAGGAAGAGUUUUGGAGAAUCGACGAUAAGGGAGGGUAAAACUGAAUUUCUACUCAAAGCCGGUAAGAAGCGUUUCAAAAACGGGGGCACCUUCGUGUUUGUGCACAUGCGGAAAUGGAAGCCGAAGGCUAGAAUCCUAAAAGCUAUCCUGGUCGGUAUUUUGAGGAAUCCGAAAAAGAUUUCGGAAGUCUAUAGAUGGGGAUUGAAAUCGCUCAUGAAUCUGUAUAAUGUGAUAAAGGAUUUCAGUAAGAAAUCUACUCGGAAGUACCUCAGGCGGUUGAUAUCUCGAGUGGUCCAUGAUUCGUUUGGUUUCAGUCUGUCUGCCGAUCUCGUUAUUCGCGUGAAGUUUGAUGACCGCAUUAGAUUAGUAGAGCUAAGGAAAUUAAUGAACGAUGGUAUUAUGGCAUGCGAGUUACAUGUCUGCAUUCGGAAUCGGGCAAUGAAGAAGGUACGGAUCGUCUGGGUGGAGAACCCUUCGAUCGGUCAUACCCUUCAUAAUCAACGGGCUUUUGCGUCCCGCGAUACUGCCACCUGCGUCUGUGCAGGGUCGCCCCAUCCGAAAGAGGAUGGGCACGUCUGCUUUCGUUUGUGCGACGAUGAUACUCGAUACGAAAGAUUGUCGAACACUAAUGACAUUCCCCGUCUUGACAUCCCGAACCGGAUAUCUCUGCUGCGACAGGAAGUGGUAUUUGGGUUCUCGAACUGGUACAAUCUGAAGGGGUUUGUACCUGACUUCAGCCGUUUUGAUUUUCAAGUUUGCUUUGGUGAGAAGGACGACUCCUCUGAUAGGAUCUCGGUGGAGGAAGUCAACACCGUGAAGAGAGAGUGCGAUGGGAUGGUUCUCACCCCUUUGGAUCGUAACGCUGGGGAGACACUUGUUAUAUGUCCUUUCGUGUAUUAUAGGGCGAUGAUAGAUUCUUUCGUUACGAAUGUUGGUUACAGGAUUGUCAAAGACCAGGAGAGGGAGGUUUUGGCGAUGGUCAAAAUGGAAGUUCGUGAGGAGGGUUUGACGAAGUUUGCCCGUUGGGACGAAUGGGGAGCUAUGGAGCCUCCUAUGUACUCCCGAAACAUAAAGACACAAGUCGGUUUCGACCCAUAUGCCCCACCUUCAAGGGGCCUAUGGUGAAGACUGGAUGAGUGGUGGCGAAGGCUUUGAAUCACUUAUUGUUCCAACUACCUGUUGACAGCCAUUUCAAUC